UUUUAACUUUUUUUAGUCUCAUAACCUAAUUUUUUUCAAUUUUUUUCUCAAGAAAUCAUGCCUUCCGCUUUACCUUACGUUUGUUUAUCAAAUAUUUUUCAACAUAUAGAUAAAGAUCAAAAAUCAUUAUAUUCUUGUGCAUUUGUUAAUAAACAUUGGUGUGUGUCAGCUAUACCAGAAUUAUGGAGAAGUCCUUUUGAGAAUCAUCAAGAAUCAAAAAGACAAAUAGCUUUAAUAAAUACAUAUAUCGCAUGUCUUCCACAAGCGAUUCAAAAAAGAUUACGGAUUUCUUCAACUUUAACACAAUCUGUCACUUUUAAUUAUCCUGCAUAUAUAAGAAAUAUUCCAGUUAAUCGAAUAUUCUUAUCAGCUGCUGAAUGGUGUAAUUCUAAAAUUGAAGCGGAAACACCACGGGAAAGAAUGAAAAAAGAGUUAAGUAAAGCAUUAUGUAGGAAUUUUUUGGGUCAAGCAGCAUAUAUUGAUUGUUUAGAUAUUACCAUAGCGAAUGAUUUUAAUAUCUUUCGACUUUAUGGAGCAUCUAAUAAAUUACCACAAAUUCAUACUUUAAAAGUUAAUAAUGAAUAUUAUUCAGAUCAAUUUAAGACGAUCUCAAAACUUUGUCAAAAUAUUCAAUCAUUAAUUAUAAGUCAAAUGGAAUAUGUGAAACCUACAAAUUAUGGAGAUUUGGUGAAAAUUAUUCAAGUUCAACCAAAAUUACAAGAUCUUUCAAUAGAUUCUCAUAAUUUUGAAGGAUUUAAAGUGGUUUGGAAUGGACUUGUUAAUUCAGAAUAUGCAAAAAAUUCUUUAACAAAUUUAAUUAUCAAACAUAUUUAUUUUGAUUCAAUCUUUUUUUCAAAAUUUCUUCAACAAUUAACUACAUUUGAAAAUUUAGAAAAGAUUACCAUUAAAAAAUGGUUUAUUGAAAAAUUAAAUCAUCA